AUGACCCACCAAACACACGCAUUCCACAUAGUAAACCCAAGUCCAUGACCCCUAACAGGAGCACUAUCCGCCCUACUCCUUACCUCAGGGCUAACAAUAUGAUUUCACUAUAACUCUUCCACUUUACUCCUGAUUGGACUAGCAACUAAUAUACUCACUAUAAUCCAAUGAUGACGAGAUAUCAUCCGUGAAGGAACCUUCCAAGGCCACCACACCCCAAUUGUUCAAAAAGGUCUUCGAUACGGAAUAAUCUUAUUUAUUGUAUCAGAGGUAUUCUUCUUUUCCGGAUUUUUCUGAGCAUUCUACCACUCUAGUCUAGUCCCUACACAUGACCUAGGAGGAUGUUGACCCCCCACAGGAAUUAUUCCACUAAACCCAUUAGAAGUGCCCCUACUAAAUACAUCUGUACUUCUAGCAUCCGGAGUAUCCAUUACAUGAGCCCAUCACAGCCUUAUAGAAGGGAAACGAAGCAAUAUAAACCAAGCCCUUUUAAUUACAAUUAUUCUAGGGCUUUACUUCACUGCCUUACAAGCAUCAGAAUAUAUAGAAACCUCUUUCUCUAUCUCAGACAGCAUCUAUGGCUCAACAUUCUUUAUAGCAACAGGCUUCCACGGACUUCAUGUAAUUAUUGGGUCGACUUUCCUUAUUGUAUGUCUUCUCCGACAGCUGAAAUUCCACUUUACAUCAAAACACCAUUUCGGAUUUGAAGCAGCAGCAUGAUACUGACACUUUGUAGACGUCGUAUGACUUUUCCUCUAUGUUUCCAUUUAUUGAUGAGGCUCUU